AUGACAGAAGCAAAUGCUGUUAGCCCUGGACCUGGUGCUCGUGUUCAAGUGAGUGUUCGUAUUUGUCCUCCUCGAGAAAGUGAAAAGGUGGUUUUACGGAGUGUUCCUGAUGACAAAAAAGCUGUUAUGGUUGACCAUGGGGGGAGUAAGACUGUGGAUGUAUUUAAAUUUGAUCGUGUAUUUACCGGACCUCAGGAUGAGUUGUACGAUGAGAUUGGAAGACCGAUGUUGAAGGAAGCUUUUGGCGGAUUUAACGUCUGUUUAUUUGCGUAUGGUCAAACAGGAAGUGGGAAGACGCACAGUCUUUUUGGGGACUUGAACAGCAAAGAGAAUUGUGGUAUAGCUCCACGUUUUGUACAAGAGAUGAUUGAAGAGGCACAGCGACGUGUAGAAACCGAUAGUGGGGCAACAAUUAAGUUCUUCGUAACUAUGGUCGAAGUGUACAUGGAAAAGGUACGUGAUCUCUUAGCACCGCGAGUGCGGGGACAGGAGCCAGAGUCCCUUGAGAUUCAUGAGGAUAACCAACGUCGCGUUUAUGUUAAGGGAGCUGGUGUCCACCCUGUACUAACUUUAGAACGCAUGCUUGAACUACUAAAAAUAGGUAAUGCAAACCGUCAGACAGGGGAAACAAAGAUGAACGAGACUAGUUCGCGAUCACAUGCCGUUAUUCAAAUUACCAUUUCGCAGAAGUACGAGUCUUUGGAGAUGAGAGAUGUGGAAAGUGUGGUUUUGUUAGUUGACCUUGCUGGUAGUGAGCGUCAGAGCAAGACUGAAUCCACAGGAAUUGCAUUUGAAGAGGCCAAAAAGAUCAAUCAAUCUUUGCUAAUGCUUGGUCGGGCACUAAAUUCAUUCAGUGAUAGGAAAGGAGGUGAUGCCUUUAUAUCGUUACGUGCCUCAAAGUUAACACGAAUACUUUCAGAGAGUUUUGGUGGUAACAGUAAGACUUGGAUGCUUGCCACUGUAUCUCCUACAGCAUAUAAUUUGACGGAAACUAUCUCCACAUUGGAAUACGCUCAAAAUGCUAUGGCUAUCACCAAUAAGGCUAAG